GCGCCGAGCAACCUCCCGCUCACUCGCAGGCCUGUGCCCGUCUCGCCAUCUUACUCACUGGCACGUUCGAGACGCUCAUUCACCUCCUCCGAGCUGGUCACCUUCGCGGCACCCUUGAACGCAAAGGGCUGCUGUUGUGACCGGCAAGCGCCCGAUCCCGGGGAGCACGGCGAACGGCAGAACGGCCACAGAUCGAUCGGACAGGCCGUUGGCGCGCCACUUCCGGGCUCUGACGGCCCAGUGCGCCUGCGCCCCAGCCACGGCACGGAACGAGCUUCCCGUCGUCGCGUUCACGGUGACAUGGACAGAUGUAAAGAAAACUGUGUUUCCAGGCCGGUUAAGACCACAGGUCCCUUUUGUCCAAAACGAGUCUUGGUGACAGAGCAGAUUCCUUCUCAGAACCUAGGACUGGCUAGCAGUGGCCAGGCACAGCGGGUCCUGUGUCCUUCCAACUCCUCCCACCGUGUCCCUUCACAAGCACAGAAAGUUGUCUCAGCUCAGAAGCCAGCGCCAAAGCAGUUGCCAGCUGCCAGCGGUCCUCGUCCCGUGCCCCAGCUUAGUGACCCUCAGAAGAGUGAGCAGGCACCACCUGCGGACUCUGGAAAUCAUUCUGAAAAUGAUCAGGCAUCAAAGCAGAAAACUGAAGACUCAAAAAAAAGGCAGUGGACUCUGGAAGACUUUGACAUUGGCCGCCCCCUGGGUAAAGGAAAGUUUGGCAAUGUCUAUUUGGCAAGGGAGAAGCAAAGCAAGUUCAUCCUGGCCCUGAAGGUGCUGUUUAAAACCCAGCUGGAGAAGGCAGGGGUGGAGCACCAGCUGCGGAGGGAGGUGGAGAUACAGUCCCACCUGCGGCACCCCAACAUCCUCCGGCUGUAUGGAUAUUUCCAUGAUGCCACCAGAGUUUAUCUAAUUCUAGAAUACGCGCCCCUUGGGACAGUCUAUAGAGAGCUCCAGAAACUCUCCAAGUUUGACGAGCAGAGGACAGCUACUUACAUCACAGAGUUGGCAAACGCUCUGUCUUACUGUCAUUCAAAGAGAGUCAUCCACAGAGACAUUAAGCCAGAGAACCUGCUUCUUGGGCCAAAUGGAGAGUUGAAGAUUGCAGACUUCGGGUGGUCUGUGCACGCUCCAUCUUCCAGGAGAACCACACUAUGUGGCACCCUGGACUACCUGCCCCCCGAGAUGAUUGAAGGCCGGAUGCACGAUGAGAAGGUGGACCUCUGGAGCCUGGGUGUCCUCUGCUAUGAGUUCCUAGUUGGGAUGCCUCCUUUCGAGGCACACACCCACCAGGAGACCUACAGAAGGAUAUCGCGGGUUGAAUUCACAUUCCCUGAUUUUGUGACUGAGGGAGCCAGGGACCUCAUUUCAAGACUGUUAAAGCACAACUCAAGUCAGAGGCUCACACUAGCAGAGGUCCUUGAGCAUCCCUGGGUCAGAGCGAACUCCUCAAAACCUUCGACUGGCCAAAAAACCAAAGAGCUAACUAGCAAAUCAUCAUAGGGAAUCCGGAGUCAUGGGCUCUGUGCAUCUGUGAGAAACACACUAUCAUCGAGACCUCCGGGCCAUCAUCACUGUCCUCAGAACACCCUGCUGAGCAGGCAGUCCCUGGCCUUGCAUCCAGGAAGCCCCACCUGAGCAUGUGACAUUGCCCAAGCCCCAUGAACCACGCUGCUUUUCCUGGUUCAUCAAUCUGGAGGGAAGGCUCACUGCAGCUGUCCCCCAAGGUGUCCUUGUGG